GCUUGCACGUCGCAGCGAACGGAUGUGCUUUGUAGCAGUAUUUUGAAUUUGCUUUAUCAGAGAAGGAGAAAUUGGAGCUGGCUUCAUGAUCGCUUUUCCAUCAUUGUAGCACCAAUCGCCAUAACCGUUGGAAAGAGAGAAAGCAAAACUAAGCUGCUGAGUAGUCAUAUUGGUCACAAGAGCACCGAACGCCGAAUCGAACGGAUUCUUCUGUGAAGAAAGUUGUGCAAUUUUAAAGCUUACCGUGGUGUGUAGUACAUCUCAGUUGUGCCUUACGUGAAAUCGCAGCCAAAAUCCGGUGGAACUGUAUCACAGUUUCUUAGUCAAGUGCAGUGUGCUAGUUGACGCGUAGUAAUCUUAUAUAGAGCAUUUGUUUUUCCUGAGGAACUGUUAGCUGUUUUAACCUACCGUUCAAAAUGAGAGAAAUCGUUCACCUGCAGGCCGGCCAGUGUGGAAACCAGAUUGGUGCUAAGUUCUGGGAAAUCAUCUCCGAGGAGCAUGGAAUCGAUGCGACUGGCAUUUACCAUGGAGAAUCGGAUUUACAACUGGAGCGUGUUAGUGUGUACUACAAUGAAGCCUCAGCCUACUCCCGCUCAUCGGGUGGCAAAUAUGUGCCACGGGCAAUUCUGCUCGAUUUGGAGCCAGGCACUAUGGAGGCUGUUCGUUCUGGACCGUAUGGAAAACUGUUCCGUCCGGAUAACUUUGUAUUCGGACAAUCCGGAGCCGGCAAUAAUUGGGCCAAAGGUCAUUACACCGAGGGUGCUGAGUUGGUCGACGCCGUGCUGGACGUGGUGCGCAAAGAGUGUGAGAACUGCGAUUGUCUUCAGGGCUUCCAACUGACGCAUUCUUUAGGAGGCGGUACUGGUUCUGGUAUGGGAACGCUUUUGAUUUCUAAAAUUCGCGAAGAGUAUCCAGAUCGAAUUAUGAACACGUACUCUGUAGUCCCUUCGCCUAAGGUGUCCGACACUGUUGUGGAACCGUACAACGCAACCCUCUCUAUUCAUCAGUUGGUCGAAAAUACGGACGAGACAUACUGUAUCGACAACGAGGCUCUGUAUGAUAUCUGCUUCCGUACACUGAAGGUACCGAACCCAAGUUACGGUGAUUUGAACCAUCUGGUCUCGCUAACCAUGUCCGGUGUAACCACAUGCUUGCGAUUCCCUGGUCAGCUGAAUGCUGAUUUGCGUAAACUGGCCGUAAACAUGGUUCCAUUCCCGCGUCUUCACUUCUUCAUGCCCGGGUUCGCUCCGCUGACUUCACGUGGAUCCCAGCAGUACCGUGCACUGACCGUUCCGGAACUGACUCAGCAAAUGUUCGAUGCCAAAAACAUGAUGGCCGCCUGCGACCCCCGCCAUGGUCGAUAUUUGACUGUUGCAGCCGUAUUUCGUGGUCGUAUGUCAAUGAAGGAGGUAGACGAACAGAUGCUGGCCGUUCAAAACAAGAACAGUAGCUACUUCGUCGAAUGGAUUCCGAACAACGUUAAGACUGCCUGCUGUGAUAUUCCUCCGAAGGGUCUGAAAAUGUCAUCUACUUUUAUUGGGAACACCACUGCCAUCCAGGAGCUAUUCAAGCGCAUCUCUGAACAGUUCUCCGCUAUGUUUCGUCGUAAGGCUUUCUUGCAUUGGUACACCGGCGAAGGCAUGGAUGAGAUGGAAUUCACAGAGGCGGAGAGUAACAUGAAUGAUCUGGUUUCAGAGUAUCAGCAAUAUCAAGAAGCGACGGCUGAGGAUGAGUUCGAACAGGAAGAGUGUGCUGACGAAAUGGAAGGUGAAUGCGUUUGAAUCAGUCAUCAUCGCUGGCCGUAAAGCAUUUUUACUAUUUAUUUUUUUAGUUAGAUAAAUCCAAUUGAUAUUUCAUGUGUAUUGAAAUUUAUGAAAUAGACUUUAACAAAUCUAAUCCUUUAUCUAAAUUUGGAUCUCAGCAUACACACUAAUCGACCAGAGCAUUGUUUUUAAAUUCCCCACUAUUUUCCUAUCCUGUUUAGAUGAAAUUUUCAUUGCAAACAACACAUAAAUUGAUUAUCAUUAAUUUCAUAGGAUUGACAAAUCGAACAUGAUAGAUUUUUAAGAAUUUUAGUGUAUUGUCCAACCUGUUUCUAUUCCACGGUUUGGUGACAUCCAAAUGCUAAAUAAAAACAUACAUUAAGUCAAUAUUUCUAUGGCAAAGAAAUAGUUUUGCAUCAUUUAUAUUCGGAAAGAUUUCUGGCAUCGGGUGGUGAAGUAGGGACAGUUUAAAAUGCUGACUAGAAGAAGUUUCAAGAGUCAGGUUGGAUUAGUAGGAUAAAAUCAUUCUUCUUUCAUUUAGCAAUACGUCUGUAGUUUUUUGCUUUUUGUUGAAAUUGAUCAGUCUCUAAAUUCAGAUAUUCAGUCCAUUUGUGUCGUACAGGAAGACGUUUGUAGGAUUUAAAAGUCAUUCUUUUAAAGUGUAAUAAACGUGAACAGUUUUGUACUAAUCUUUUGAUCUAUCGCUAUUUGAUAUUUAUUAUUUGAACAUUUGAUGAAUGGUGAAUAGAAGGCAUACGGAAUAGUCGGUUUAGUUUGAAUUGAGCAGUCGAUAUUCUACUGCCAUAACAGUCCCAUUUCCAAAUUGUUUGCCGGUGGGUCUGUUGUUCGUAUCAAGGCAAUACCUAUACCACAUAAAAAAUAGCUGGUGGAGAAAGUUAAAAAAAAAUGAUGAUGUUAAUUCUUAAAAAGGAAUAAUGAAACCGUAUUUUGUAUUUAUUUGUAA